CGAUGGGAUCGACUUCGAACUGUCAUCCUGUUCUGUCACCGAAACUCGAUCGGCCAUUUUCGCAGUGCUGGUGAAAAACGAAAGCACGAAACAGCUUAUUUUUAACAAUUUUGUGCAAGAAUCCCUUCUGAAUCACCAGUGAAACAUUCGCAAAAGCUAAAACGAUGCCUGCACUAGACGAAAUCAAAUCUUCCUGGGCCGAUGAGGUGGAACUGGAUUCCGGAUCGCUUCCGCCGCCAACCGAAAUCAUCGAGAAUGGCCAGAAAAUUGUCACCGAGUACAAGUACAACAAGGACGACAAAAAGGUGAAAGUGGUCCGGACUUACAAAAUUACCCGGCUGGUGGUCCCGAAGAGCAUUGCAAUGCGGAAGAACUGGUCCAAAUUCGGCGACUCGUCCAAUGACAAACCCGGUCCCAAUCCUCAGACCACAAUGGUAUCGGAAGACGUCUACAUGCAGUUUGUGAGCAACAAGGAAGAGGAACAGAAAUCGGACAACGCCCUGGAUUCGCUGAAGAACAUUGCCAAGUGCCGUAUCUGCGAGGGAGAACAUUGGUCGCUGAGCUGUCCGUACAAGGGAACGGCGUACGAAGCCGGAAAGGCCAAGCCUGUGGUGCCAGUACAACAAGAAAUGGCGCCAACGACGGCAAAGAGUGGCAAAUACGUUCCUCCGAGUAUGCGAGACAGUCAGAAGCCUGGCAUGGGCGGAAACCCAAGAGGACGUGACGACACCACCGCUAUUCGCAUUUCCAACCUGUCUGAAGCCAUGACGGAAGCCGAUUUGGAGGAGCUGGUCAAGAAGAUCGGCCCUCACAGCAAGAUGUUCUUGGCCCGCGAUAAAAAUACCGGCCUGUGCAAAGGUUUCGCCUACGUUCACUUCAAAUCCCGCCGCGACGCUGCUACCGCUAUCGAGCUUCUUAAUGGGCACGGUUACGACCAUCUGAUUCUGAACGUGGAAUGGUCCAAGCCUCAGAACCCACAGUAAAAUGAAGAAAAAACAGUUGAUAAGCUAAGUGCUAAGAAUUAAGUUGUGGUACGCGUUAUAUUCUGAUUCAUGUUGAUGUAAUCCCAAAUGGAAAGAAUGCUUUUCAAUAAAUUGCGAACUGGAACAAAAAA